GCUCGUCAAACCACCUCCGCGACUAUUUCCAACUUUUACCUGCUCAGCAGCUUUCCUACUCCUUUGAAAGAAGAAGAAGAGGAGAGAGAGCGAGAGCGGAAAAUGGCGAAAUCUCCGAUCUGCUUUGCUUUCGGAACCCUAACCCUAGCUCUGCUCUUCAUAUCCACCCUCGCCGAUGAUGUUGUCGUUCUAACCGAAGAGAACUUCGAGAAAGAGGUCGGCCAAGAUCGAGGCGCUCUCGUCGAGUUUUACGCUCCGUGGUGUGGACAUUGUAAAAAGCUUGCUCCAGAGUAUGAGAAGCUUGGUGCAAGCUUUAAGAAGGCAAAGUCUGUUUUGAUUGGGAAGGUGGACUGUGAUGACCAAAAGAACUUAUGUAGUAAAUAUGGGGUUUCUGGAUAUCCUACAAUCAAAUGGUUUCCUAAAGGGUCAUUGGAGCCAAAAAAGUAUGAAGGUGCACGUACUGCAGAAGCCCUUACUGAGUAUGUGAAUACUGAAGGAGGGACCAACAUAAAGUUGGCAGUCAUUCCUUCCAAUGUUGUUAUACUGACAGCUGAGAAUUUUGAUGCGGUUGUUCUUGAUGAAUCCAAAGAUGUGCUUGUUGAAUUUUAUGCGCCAUGGUGUGGCCACUGCAAAAACCUUGCUCCUAUUUAUGAAAAGGUUGCCACAGCUUAUAAACAGGAAGAUGAUGUUGUAAUUGCCAAUCUUGAUGCUGACAAAUACAAGGAUUUGGCUGAGAAGUAUGGAAUCAGCGGCUUUCCUACACUGAAAUUCUUUCCAAAGGGCAAUAAAGCUGGCGAAGACUAUGACGGUGGCCGGGAUUUGGAUGACUUUGUGACAUUCAUCAAUGAGAAGUGUGGCACCAGCCGUGAUGGAAAAGGGCUACUUACUUCCAAGGCUGGUAUUGUGGCAAGUUUAGAUGCUUUGGUGAAGGAGUUUGUGAGCGCUGCAGGUGAUGAGCGGAAGGUAGUCUUAUCUAAGAUAGAAGAGGAGGCUGAGAAGCUCAAGGGUUCUUCUGCAAGGUAUGGCAAGAUCUACUUGAAAGCUGCUAAAAGCUGUGUGGAGAAAGGUGUUGAGUACCCCAAAAAGGAAAUAGAGCGGCUUCACCGCAUGCUGGAAAAGUCUAUCAGCCCAUUGAAGGCCGACGAAUUCAUCGCCAAGAAGAAUAUCCUAUCCACGUUUGUUUAAUCAUGGACAGCACAAGUCGGGCCAUUACCAUUUCCAGAGCCUCACAAGUUUUUUGCUUGGUGACAGGCGAUAUUUCACUGUUAGUGUUAGUGAGCUAUCACGGAACAAGUGGACUAUUUUGACAGCCUCAUUUUGAACAUGCUUACACUAAAAAAAAUAACAGAGGUAUAUUUAACAGCA